CGUCAUUACCACAGUACAGUAAGUUGCAUACAGACCAGAAAGCCGCAGCAAGUGAAAAAAAAAUCUUGAAGAAUUGCUAUCAAAACAGCAGCAAUUUUCACUCGAACGCCUUAUGGUUGUGGUCGAAGGCAAAUAAAUCCUCAACAUUCUACUGACAAAGCUGAAUCAUACACGAAGAGGAGAUCGCGCGAGAGCGAGUGUGUAAAUGAGGUGGAAGAUAACAUAUGUGUAAGGUUCCAAAAUUCGCUGUGUUCGCUGCUUCCCGAUUUCAAAUAUCGAUUUUCGCACCGAUUCGGUUGGAAGAUGUAGCUGCAUGAAAUAAUCAGCGUACAAAGAGAAAUUAUUUUGCGUUCCAGAAAGCAACGGGAUUGUGUUUUUUUGCCUGGAAGGUGAACAGUGCUAAAUGGAAAGAAAUUCUGCGCUGUAAGAUAUUUGUUGUUUUCUGGUGGAACACAAAAACGUAAUCAGCCCCAGUAGCAGCAGGAAGAAGAAGAUGUUUACUCGACUGCGAAAUCGUGUGCUGACUGUGGUCGGACCGGACAUUCCAGCACUUCCGUCGAGUGGAAGCGAUGGCGGAGGAGGAAGCAGCGGGGGAUCUCACCAUGGCAGCCGAGACGGAAGCGAUCACGGAGGAAAAGGUAACCUACCGGAAAAGUUUCGCUAUGCGCGCCCACAGUUUCUGCAGCUGUUGACGUACGACGAACUGAAGGCCAGUGCUGACCACAACGUUCGACCGAUUAUCGUACCGCGGGACCUAUCGCUGCUUCCAUGGAAUACGGGUUAUGCCGAGUGUGUCAAUUCGGGCAAGUCGGAAUGGAACGAAGACCAGGCGGCUUUCCACCGGCAGGUACUUUCGCACCCAUCCAAACAGUAUCAUGAUUUGCCGUACACGUACUUCGGUAUCUACGAUGGACACGCGGGCUUUGGUGCCGCAUUAGCCGCCUCCAAUCAGUUUCAUUACAUUCUGCACGAAAAAUUGGUAGACAUUAUCGAUCUGCUAAUGCCUCGGGUUGAAGGAAGUGAUUCGAAUACCGGACCCGGAGCGGGAGUUGGACUGAAUGCAAUUCUACCGCAUCCGAUACUGUUCCACAAGCAGGUCUCGAAAGAUGAACUGAUUGUGGGUGCCCUGGAAGCAGCAUUCGCUGAUAUGGAUGCUGUUCUGGCAGAAGACCGGGACAAAUAUCGGAACGCGGGAGGUUGCACGGCGUUGGUGGCGUUGUUUAUCCUCGGAAAACUGUUCGUGGCGAAUGCCGGUGACUCUCGGGGUAUCCUCUGUAAACGGGUGAGCCAAAAGAAGCUACCCAAUGUUCGACCUCCGAGCAUUCACGAGGAAAGUGUCAAUGGCGAUGCCAACCCGGAAGAAGAAGACGACGGUUACGUUGUUUAUGUAGAGCCCUGUUCGUUCGAUCAUACGCCGGAAACGGAACGUCCCAGACUACUCACGGUCGGAAAGCUCAACCCGAACUUAAUGGGAGGCGAAUACGUGGCAAUGGAGUACGCAAAAAAGCCCAUGACUAAAGAUUUGGGAACUCGAAUUCUAUACCGGCAGGGAACCAUGAAAGGCUGGACCUACAAAACGUUGGCACGGAGUGACCUGAAGAUGCCGAUUGUCACCGGUGAGGGUAAACGUAGUCGUCUGCUGGGAACCAUCGGGGUCACUCGUGGUUUCGGAGAUCACGAUUUGAAAGCACUCGGAAGUGGUCUGCCUAUCAAACCAUUCCUCAGCUGUCAUCCGGACGUUACCUGCAUCGAUCUUAGCUCGAUAGAAACGGACCCGGACGGCGACAACAGCGAUGGAGACUACGGGGUUCUGGUGAUGGCAACCGACGGUCUUUGGGACGUCACUUACUCCCAGAAGGUUGCGAACACCGUCUUUAACACACUGAAGAAAUUUCCGACGGAACGACACCGAUAUACGAUGGCCGCACAGGAGCUUGUGGCCAAAUCUCGGGGUCGUGCAAACAUUAACGGACACUGGCGGCUAUCGGAUUCCCGAGCAGCGGCUACCGUCGACGACAUAUCGGUCAUUGUGAUCCCAGUUUACCAGUACUAUCUCGAGUAUCUCGAAUGGAAACGUUCGCUACAGCGACCAAAGCCACCGGCGGGGAUCGUCACGGCUGCCGAGAUCCGGUCGGCUGUUCCGGCAGAACCUACGACAUCCGAAGCGGACACACUGGAUGUGAACGGUGGUUUGUUCCAACAGCCGGAAGGUGUUGAUAUUCCUCCAUUUUCCACCUCAACCGAACUGUCCCCGUCCGAUGUGACGGAGAUCACCCCAAGUGUUGAAAGCCCGACAGUUGCUAAUACCAAUUGAAACUGAUUAGUAAUUUAUUUUGACUUAAUUACGUUUCCAGAAUGUAUGCUUUCUUCGAUUUCCCGACGUGAUUUUAAUUUUAUUUCACAAUAGAAACAAUAAUAUAAUAUAAUAUAAUUAAUAGUACAUUGUAGAGCCAGCAACAAAACUGAGAUAAACUAUGAUAAUAUCAAGAAAUAGCACUAUUCUAGUUAACCCAAUCUAUGAUCACUAGAAAAAAUACAGCAACAACCAGUAAGCUACUGUUCGCUCAUGAAAUCAAUAGAAUUAGCAAAAUAAACCGUUAUUUAAAUUCCUUA